GCUUUAAGAGGACGGAGAUUGUCAUUGCACGACGACGUACCGAGUUUUUCCUUCCACCAGUUAACGGCAAUAUCAUUGUCACCAAGCCAAAUAAUUUGUGCUUUGUAUUAUCGCAAACGUGUAAAGUACCAGUAGAGAAGAGGCAAAAGAGCCAGGUCUACAGAAGCUAGAAUCUUCUCGCUGGUCAACAACAAAGCGAUGCCAGUAUGGAGCAUAAAGCGCACUAUUCCUUAUCUUCAGCACUUUGGACAGCGUCUAUUGUCUGAAAGGGAAGCACUACAGGAAACACUGAUAAUGCUGAGCGGGAUGGGAUUAUUCACGGACGUGGGGAGCAAGGAAGACCGUGACUGUGACGGCAGACCAUCAUCCUUCCUUCUUCCCUUCCUUCCACCACGACAGCAGAACUCGCUGCCGGCGUCUCUUACCAUCUGGCGAGAACGAGGUCGACGAGCGUUACCCUGCAUUCCCGCUACCGAUGGAAAGGACCGCAGAUUGCUCUUGGAGCACCUACCCGAUACCUACCGGUGUGAAGAUAUCUUGCUCACGGUCCUAGGAAGCUGUCAAAGCUGCAUCUUCUGCCUCACUGCCUGCUUGCCCGAAGCUCCCUCUGCUCUGUAGAUAGAUAUUACGCAACCUGAACGAACAAGCC